GGCCGCCGCAGCUGGGCUGCUUCUGCUCCGCCGCCGCCGCCGGGCUGGGCGGCGCGGCCGUUGGGCUCCUGGGCGGACCGGUGGUGGGAGUUGCGAGGCGUCCCCAUGGCCGAGGGAGGCGGCCGGGCCGCUGCCGCUGGGACCCCGCGGAGGCCGUGAUGGAGGAGCCCGCCCGGAGUUCCCCGCUGCUCUGGCCUUCCCGGUGCGCCCGCAGCCUCCGCCGGCUCCUGCCGGUCGGCGCUUGGCAGGAGGCCCGGGAGCUGAUCAAGAUCGGCGCCCCCGUGUUCACAGCCCAAUUACUGGGCUUCUUGAUCAGCGUGGUGAGCUCGGUCUUCUGCGGCCACCUGGGGAAGGUUGAACUGGAUUCUGUGACCCUUGCUGUCUCGGUUAUCAACGUGAUUGGCAUUUCGGUGGGUACUGGCUUGGCAUCGGUAUGUGACACCCUCAUGUCGCAGACUUAUGGGAGUAAAAAUGUGAAGAGAGUCGGGACCAUCUUGCAGCGGGGGAUCCUGAUCCUGCUUCUUUUCUGCUUUCCCUGCUGGGCCAUUUUUAUUAACACCGAGCGGAUUCUGCUGCUUUUCCGUCAAGAUCCCGAAGUUGCCAGAUUAACCCACAUUUAUGUGAUGAUAUUCAUUCCAGCCCUGCCGGCCGCGUUCAUCUACCAGCUGGAAACUCGCUAUUUGCAAAGCCAGGCUAUCCUUCUGCCUCAAGUGGUGACCGGUGUGGUUGUGAAUGUGUUGAAUGUGAUCAUGAACACCACCUUCCUGUACACGUUCAAGCUGGGUGUGGUGGGUUCGGCCUGGGCCAACACACUUUCGCAGAACAUGCAAGCCCUUCUCCUCUUCUUGUACGUGUGGUGGAAAAACAUCCAUAAGGAGACCUGGGGAGGCUGGACAUUGGACUGCUUGCAAGAAUGGGGGCCCUUCAUCCGCCUCGCCCUGCCCAGCAUGUUUAUGAUCUGCAUUGAAUGGUGGACUUUCGAGUUCGGGAGCUUUCUGGCAGGAUUAAUCAGUACGGUGGAAUUGGGUGCUCAGUCCAUCAUCUACGAACUGGCGACCAUUGCGUAUCUGCUGCCACAGGGCAUGAGCGUGGCCUCCAGUGUCCGAGUGGGUAAUGCUUUAGGCGCCGGGGAUGCUGACCAGGCCAAGAGGUCAUGCGUCAUGGCCCUCCUCUGCACCGGCGUGUUUGCGGUGGUCUUUGCUGGCCUCCUGGUGGCUGUGAAGGACGUGGUGGCCUACAUCUUCACAGACGACAAAGAGAUUGCUGCUCUGGUCUCCAAAGUUAUGUUGAUUUUCUCCCCUUUCCACCUGCUUGAUGCCACAGCGGCCACGUGCGGAGGGGUGCUGAGAGGCGCCGGGAAGCAGAAAAUCGGUGCCAUUGCCAACGCGGUUGGGUACUACGUGAUCGGCUUGCCCAUCGGGAUUUCGCUGAUGUUCGUGUACAAGCUUGGCGUGAUGGGCCUGUGGACUGGUCUGAUUGUCUGCAUCUCUUUGCAAGCCACAUCCUUCUUGGUCAUCAUCUUGUGGAUGGACUGGAAGAAGGCUGCCGAAGAGGCUCAGAUUCGAGCUGGACUGACAGGCAGACUGGGGAGUCCUGAUGAUGCUGCUGGUGCUGAUUACCUGGCGAUGGAAUUUGAGGUUCCCAAUGGAGAUGCCCUCGGCAGCCUCGUCCACCGGGGCGAAGGCAUGGGGGAGCAGCAGAUCGUUCCCUGCGAAGGGGUGCCCCCCUUCCUCAUCUCUCCGACCCUCGGGCCCUUGUCCUGCAAGGAGCUCCUUCUCUGGCGGGGGCUGGCCCUGCUGUCGGCGGUCGCCAUCUUGACAGCCGGGGUUCUCAUCCAUUUCCUGCUAUGAGAAGGACCGGGCCUUGCAGCGUGGCAGCGGCGCAGGGAAGACCGGAGGGGGCAGCCCGUUGGAAGGUGGCCGCCCGCUCGCUCGCUCACCAGCGCUCACCGGAGGGUCUGGACGUGACCCAGCCUCGGAUCCAACCCUCAGAAAUGGUUGUGCCUCCACCAUUGGCCCAGACCUACGAUGGGGUCACCCACUGGAGUUUUCUCUCAAAACCUGUGUGGUUGAAAGACUUAGCCUGCCUUUAAAAGGGCUCAGAAAAUAACACUAGAAUAAAUCUGGGUGUCUUCGGUGUAA